GAAAAAUAUGAAAAGAAUCUCUCUGGGCAAGAUCUUAAGGUUAUGCUCAAGUGGGUACAAGUGAAAAUCCCCACUGUAACUGCUUCCAGUAUAUUAACGACUGAGCUUUGGGAUGACGUGGGGAUUAAGCUGUGGGACGCGGCUACAACAGGGAAUGCUGAAGCACAGCGCAUGCUCCCGUGGUGGAGGACUAUCUUUGAAACUCUGAAGGCUCAGGAGACCGUUAAGAAUAAAGAUACUAAAGACAGGAAAGGUCUCCCGGUCGAUAAGAAGACCUCGGAGCCUCUUGAGGUGGGCGCCGCCAAGUACCCCCCAGAGGAUGAUCCUUUUGAUCCAGGACCAGUGGACCCAGAGGAGGAGCCAGAUCUCUACCCUCCCGAUCCCCAGGACGUAUGGGCAAAUAUUAAACGACAAGCCUUAGAGCGCCAGAUAGAUAAUGUGGAAGCGCGGGAAAUUCUGUUGUUAAAGUUAGCGGUGGAAAUGGUGGAAGCCUGUAAUAGAAUUGGCACCGUAGAUCAUAAAUUUGAAGCGAUGGCCGCUGCUUUUGCUGCCAUGCGUGGCACAGCUGGCCCCGGGGUUUGUUAUGGCUGUGGCAAACCUGGCCAUUUGAAAAAGAAUUGUAUGGCUGCUACAUCUGGAGCCAAGCCCCAGGCACCGGGGAUUUGCCCUAGGUGCAGGAAGGGGCGCCAUUAUGCUAACCAAUGUCGCUCUAAGUAUGACUCCCAGGGGCAACCGAUACAGGGAAACCGAUCGCGGAGCGCGGGACGGCGGCGUGUGCAGACACAAGUUCCGCAGUUAACCCCUCCGCUGCCGCAGAGGGAUACGACAGUGCCUCAAGCCUUCACCCAGCCACAGCCGGGAGCGCCGGGCUGGACCUGGCAACCAGCCACACAGUAACGAUGGAUCUGGGAAGUCCCAUAAAUCUGUUAUCCUCUGGUGGGACGACCAGCGCAAACAAUGGGAAUCGGAUAUAAAGACAGUGCCGGGUUCCCCCCAAA